CCGAGAGCAGGGCUGAGGCGGAGCCGCCGCGCCGGGCCGCAGCCGCCGAACCGCAGCCGGAGCCGUCCACCUCGCCCGCCCAGGGCCGAAGCUCCGCAGCGCGGGAGACCAGCCGACCCGCCGGGGCCGGGGAACCGCCCGCCAUGGCCACCAAGGCUCGGGUCAUGUAUGACUUUGCUGCUGAACCUGGAAACAAUGAGCUGACAGUUAAUGAAGGAGAAAUCAUCACCAUUACAAACCCGAAUGUUGGUGGAGGAUGGCUGGAGGGCAGGAACACCAAAGGCGAGCAGGGCCUUGUUCCUACGGACUACGUGGAAAUUUUACCGAAUGAUGGAAAAGAUCCGUUUUCUUGUGGAAAUUCGGUGGCUGACCAAGCUUUCCUAGAUUCCCUGUCAGCCAGCACGGCUCAAGCCAACUCAUCCUCUGCCAACAGCAGUAACCAGGUUGGUGGUGGAAAUGACCCCUGGUCAGCCUGGAAUGCCCCCAAACCUGGGAACUGGGACAGCUCCGAUGCCUGGGGCACUAGGACAGAUGGGACUGGUGCCCAGAGGAACAGCAGUGCCAACAACUGGGACACGGGCUUCGGCCACCCGCAGGCCUAUCAAGGACCAGCAACUGGUGAUGAUGAUGAAUGGGACGAAGAUUGGGACGACCCCAAGUCCUCCUCACCUUACUUUAAGGAUUCAGAACCAGCUGAAGCAGGAGGCAUCCAGCGGGGAAACAGUCGUGCAGGCGCCUCUUCCAUGAAGCUGCCCCUCAACAAAUUUCCUGGAUUUGCAAAACCUGGCAUGGAGCAGUACUUGUUGGCCAAGCAGCUAGCAAAACCCAAAGAGAAAAUCCCCAUCAUUGUUGGAGAUUAUGGCCCUAUGUGGGUUUAUCCUACCUCUACGUUUGACUGUGUGGUAGCUGAUCCUCGGAAAGGUUCCAAAAUGUACGGUCUGAAGAGCUACAUUGAGUAUCAGCUAACGCCUACUAACACUAACCGAUCUGUAAACCACAGAUAUAAGCACUUUGACUGGUUAUAUGAGCGUCUCCUGGUUAAGUUUGGGUCCGCCAUUCCGAUCCCUUCUCUCCCAGACAAGCAGGUCACAGGUCGCUUUGAAGAGGAAUUUAUCAAAAUGCGUAUGGAGCGGCUCCAGGCCUGGAUGACCCGGAUGUGCCGGCACCCCGUGGUGUCGGAAAGUGAAGUGUUCCAGCAGUUCCUGAAUUUCCGGGAUGAGAAGGAAUGGAAGACGGGAAAGAGGAAGGCUGAGAAAGACGAGCUGGUGGGAGUUAUGAUAUUUUCCACCAUGGAACCAGAGGCUCCUGACUUGGAUUUGAUAGAAAUAGAACAGAAGUGUGACGCUGUGGGGAAAUUCACCAAGGCCAUGGAUGACGGCGUGAAGGAGCUGCUGACAGUGGGGCAGGAGCACUGGAAACGCUGCACGGGCCCCUUACCCAAGGAGUAUCAGAAGAUAGGGAAGGCUCUGCAGAGCUUAGCAGCAGUCUUCAGCUCCAGCGGCUAUCAAGGAGAGACCGACCUUAAUGAUGCAAUCACAGAAGCCGGGAAGACAUAUGAGGAGAUCGCCGGCCUUGUGGCAGAGCAGCCAAAGAAGGACCUCCACUUCCUGAUGGAGUGCAACCACGAGUACAAAGGCUUUCUCGGCUGCUUCCCAGACAUCAUUGGUGCCCACAAGGGAGCAAUAGAAAAGGUGAAAGAAAGUGACAAGCUGGUUGCAACUAGUAAAAUCACCCCCCAAGACAAGCAGACGAUGGUGAAGCGAGUUGGCACCAUGUCCUAUGCUUUACAAGCUGAGAUGAAUCACUUCCACAGUAACCGGAUCUAUGAUUACAACAGCGUCAUCCGCCUCUACCUGGAACAGCAAGUGCAGUUCUACGAGACAAUCGCAGAAAAGCUGAGGCAGGCCCUCGGCCGGUUCCCGGUUAUGUAGACCAGAACGGAACACAAGACAACUCCCAAGUGCUUCUUCUUGACCUGGGGCAAUGCAAUUCAGUUUUCCCCCAUCAUAAAAGAGAGAAAGAGAGGAAAGGAAGAAAACCAAAAAGAAAGAAGCUGAUAAAACCUGUUUCAUCGGUAGCCAGCCUAAAUGCGUUUUGUUGUUUAGGAUGGCCUUCCUUGUUUCAUUUCAACAUAUUAGUUAUCCAAUGGAAAUGUCUAUUUUUGGAAAAUACUUAAAUUUAUCAAGAUUUUGAAUGAAGAAAUAGGGAUUCCUCCUCCUGGUAUUUUACAUAGAAUCGUAAUUUAUACAUUACCUAUAUGAUCUUCCAGUUCUUACCAAUGUCAGAUAAUACUAAUUGCUUUCUUAAAAAUAUGAAAAAUGGCAGAAUAAAAUCUAUAUCUUUGUAUAUUUUUAUAACUCUUUCAGUCCUGUGGGGACCCUUGUCUGCUUAGGGGAGUCUGCACACCCUCACUGGCGUAGCUACAGUCAAGAGCUCCCAAGAUGGGGAGUCAGGGAUCCCAGAUGGCCUACACCCUCAGGCUUCGUGGUGGGCACCACCAGAAGUCCCAUUCAGUGGGCACAGCAGGUGAGAAGACCCACCCACCCACUGCUGCCCAGGUUGGCUCCCUGAGCUGCUCUUAGGUAAAUUCAGCAUUCUCUGCACUUAGCUCACGGUAAGGCGUCAUGUUUUACACUGGAAGAGUAAGUCAGAAAAGGGGACUUGUCCCCGCUACCCCAGGUGGUGGCCAACCUGAUUCCAGGAGCCCCCGCUCCUCACUCUCGGUCCCUCAGCUGUCUAUUAGGUGAGGGACAGGAGCUGCUGAUAGAGGAGGUGCUGGUGGCUGCCUGGCUUGGAGCAGCAGGCUAGGCCGGUCAGUAUUCUCUCAAAAGACAAAGCAGACUUGAGCACCGGUUCCCCUCCCAGAGACUGGGGAAGUCAAGGGGAAGAGUGAGCUGCAGGGUGAGGUAGCAAGCUGAUGACAAGCAGAGAACGACUCUGUCUGUGGCUUUGUCCCAGCCUUCAGAGACUGCUGACCCCAGCACGUGGCCCGAGAGCACAGAGCACACGCUGUCACCUCCCUGCAGACAGUGGUCCCCUUCCACAGUUGCCUUACGAUGUGAUCCUCUGCUGUCACUUUCCUGAUCUGAUGAUUAUAUUAUAGAGGUGGGAAGUCUGGGCCAACAUAAAUGAAUGAAACCAAAAAUGAGCAGCUGAGAAAAUGCAGUGCGCGUGGGCACGAGAACGUUCUGUUCCUUGAUAUCAGGGGCUUGUUGAUGUUUUCUGAGUCAUUUUCCCCUACCUGAUUUUUCUUUUAUAAAAUUCCAUAGAACAGUGUUUAUGAUACAGCCAUUUAAUAUAUGUACAAAUUGUAAAGAACAUGUAUAAAUAUUUUACAUAAAUGUAAGAGCAUGUAGAAGCCAAUAUAUAAAUAAAUUGUUUUUUUUUUAAAACUGUA